UCUUGGAAGAGCUGAAGUUCUCUUUUCUCGGCAACGUGUUUGCUGCAACUGUCCGUGCCAGUCUUGUUCAAUAUUCACCGAACCUUUGCCAGAAUGAAGACUUUUCUUGGUUAUUUCCUAUGUGUACUGCUUUGCAGUUUUAUGUUUGGAACCACUGCUGKUGAUCAAAGCACAGUCUCAUUGAUUAUUAUGCCAAGYCCAGCUUCACAUGCAAARAACUCSACCACACAUGAUAACACAUCAACUGCUCACCCCAGUACAUCUUCAACUCAUCAUAACGUCUCAUCUUCAACUCAUCAUAACGUCUCGUCAUCAAUCCAUCAUAAUGUCUCAUCAUCAGUCCAUCAUAACAUCUCAUCAUCAGUCCAUCAUAACAUCUCGUCAUCAGUCCAUCAUAACAUCUCAUCAUCAAUCCAUCAUAACAUCUCGUCAUCAAUCAUGCCUAGCCCCAGUAUCAAUUUUUCUAUCUCCAUCAACAUGACCUCACAAAUGCACAAUGCAAGCCACAUGACUUACACCAUAUCACCCACUCAUUCUAUCAGCCCAAAUGUUACAUCAUCAGUAGCACCAGUCAGUAGUUCUAUGGUUCCCACUACACCUCCACCUCCCAAAUGGCCAACUGGAAAGUUCAGUGUUAAAAAAGGCAAUGAUACAUGCUUGUUGAUGUGGUUGAGCUUGGAGUUUACUGUGAAAUACAAGAAUGUGUCAAGCAGUGAAAUGAUUUCUUACAAUGUGAUCAUGCCAAAUGCAUCGUCAGCCUCUGCAACUGGUACAUGUGAAAAUGGCCACUCAACCAUUCAUAUCAGUUGGGAAAAAUAUUAUUACAUGGAGGCUACUUUUAAAACUUUUAAGAGUGCAAAGUUCGGUGAUGUUAAAGGACAUUGGGUAGCACAAAAUCUAACUUUUUAUGCACAAGUGACUAAUAAUUCUGCUUUUGUUGAUGCCAACACCACUGUCAGAGAAAUAAAGGAAACACUGAUAAGUGAAAAGAGUGUUGGUUGGUUGGCUGGCAAGGAUGGCAAUUCCUUCAAUUGCUCAGAAAAAGUUGUAGCUUCAGGAAAACACAUCACUGCUACAUUUGAAAACUUGAGGAUCCAGCCAUUUGAUGUGAAUGAAGGUCACUUCAGUGAUCAUGUUGAUGUUUGUCAAACUCCUCCUCCAACUGCUCCUCCAACAAAUUCGCCAUCUAAGAAGAAACACAGCAGCAAUACUGUUGCCAUUGCUGUUGGCUGCUCACUUGGUGGACUGGUAUUGAUAGUGCUGAUCGGCUACUUCAUUGGCAAACGGCGAAAAAAUUCUAUUAAGUAUCGCAAAUUGUAAAACUUCAACCAUUGGACUUCAUGUGAAUAAGGACUUGGAACACAGGAAGGAUACUGGUCAUGAGGAAUGUCUGUCGAAGUGUUUGAAGGAAAACCUAAUGUAUAAGUCAUGUUUAAGUGUCUCAGGAAGUAAUUGACAACAAAUAGGAAGUCAUAUUUUAUGUCAUUAACAAUUAAUGAUGUAAAAUAAUAUUUUCCUCAAACUAAUUACAUGUAAUGGUUGUCCUUUUAAAUACAGUUUAUUUUGCUAUACAGAAGUUUGUGACUGAUUUCAUUAUAACACUUCUAUUCAGUUCUAUUACUUGUGAUAAUCAAAAGGACUUAAUAGAACAACAGUCUUUCGAUGCUUUAAAGAGCUGAAUAAUAAAUGUUCAGGGGCCACUAGUUGUAAGAAUAUUGAUGAAGCUAAUAACCUCUGGAUAAAUGCAUAAAAUGUUUGCAAUCCAUGUACUUGUUAGUGGAUAACUUUAACUAGUGGAUCACUUAAUUCAGAAGGUAAUAUCAUUCCAAUGGUGCACACAUAUAUAUAUAUAUAUAAACACAAAUAAACACGUAAGUCAAAGAAUUCAUUGUUAGUAUAAUGCUUCAUGUUUUGCACUGGCUACAGAAGAUAUAUGAAUCAGUGUCCAUGGUAACACAUCUGUUACAUUUUAAUUAAGGGUAAUUUUUUACAGAAUUUUAGAAACCAAAAUUGUAAUUUUAUAAGUUUUUAAGUUUUUUGUUAGAUGAAAAAUGUUAAUUAUGAAUAUUGUUAAACACAACUAUUUGUCUAAUCAUGGAAAAUUUGUAUACAUUUUAAUUUGACAAUUAUAUUCAAGGUUAAGCAUGUUUUUACCUCUUGGCAAGUUGUGCUAUUUACCAAAGGGUUGAAAAUAUGGUAAUUUAUGGAAAAGUGGUUUUUGGUUGGGCAUCUCAGUUUUAUUUAGGGUAAUAGUUUGGUCUAAAAACCUGACUCCCAUUAUGUGCACGUUUGAUAAAUUUGUAAUUGAUUAAUUAUAGGAUUAAAACAUGAUUACACUAAUUGUA